UCCAGUCUCCCAGGUGCAGAAUUACUGAGGAAGGUCACCAGGAUAAGGCUGGGCUAGAAGCAGAAUAGAGAGAACACCCUGCCAGACUACAUAACUCUGUGCCACUUCCUUCUGAAGAUGCACUCCAGCAGGCCUGAACUCAGCAGGCAGGAUUUGGCAGUGCCCAAGCAGGAACUGAGGUGGAUGGAGCUGGCCUGGGAGGGGGCCCCAGCAGCCAAGAUAAAGAGGCCCGGUACAUCUCAGAGCUGGGGGACCCUAUUCCAGGCUGUGUGUGGGGGUCCUCCCAGUCUGGUGAUACAGCUGCUACGGCAAGGGGCCAAUGUGGAGGAGAGGGACCACACAGGCCGGACCCUACUCCACCUGGCAGUGAUGCGGGGCCAUGCACCCCUGGUGCGCCUCUUGUUGCAGCGCGGGGCCCGGGUGGACGCAGCGGACCAGGCAGGGCGCACACCGCUGCACGAGGCUGCCUGGCAUGGGCAUUCGAGUGUGGCCGAGCUGUUGCUGCGGCGUGGGGCCUCGGCAGCCGCACGCUCUGAAACAGGCCUCACGCCGCUGCACUGGGCUGCUGCGCUGGGUCGCACGCCGCUGGUUAUACGCCUCCUGGCGGCGCCGGGCGCAAAUCCUGCAGUGGAGGACCUCCGCGGCUGGACCGCCACGCACUGGGCAGCGGCAGGCGGACAGCUACCGGUACUGGAGCUGCUGGCUGCUCGAGGCGGCGCGGACCUGGAUGGCGCCCUGCUGGUGUCUGCAGCAGCCGGACGUGGGGCUGCGCUGCGCUUUCUCCUGGCACUUGGGGCAAAAGUGAACGCCCUGGACAGCACAGGAACCACUGCGCUUGGCCUGGCAGCCAGCAUAGGUCACCAGCAAGACAUUGAGGUGCUGCUGGGCCAUGGGGCAGACCCAAGCAUCAGGGACAGGAAUAACCGUUCUGCACUCCACAGGGCUGCCACUGGUGGACACUUGUCCAUUAUACAGCUGCUGGUGGCCAGAGGAGUUGACAUGGAUGCUCAGGACUCACUGGGUCUCACACCCCUGCACUAUGCUGCUCGGGGAGGCCAUGUAGAGGUUGCCAACCACCUCUUGGACAGGGGUGCCCAGGUCAACGCUGCUGGCUGGCUCCACAAGACCCCUCUGCACCUUGCUUUGGAGUGUGGCCACAGCCCAAUCACAGAGCUUUUGCUGAGCCGAGGAGCCAUCACUACCCUGAAGACACAGUGGGGUAAAGUGGCCCAGAUUCCAUAGGGGUCUGCCCCAGGUACUGCCUGCUCUUUGAAAGGAACAAAAGGCCUUCCAAGAGCUAUAGCUCCACCAGCCCUAAGCUUCUUUCUGUGAGGCUGAGCCUUAGUGGCCACAUCAGGAUUCUUGACACUCCCUGCUUGGGGGUCAGAUGGAAAUCACCUGAGAGGUUCUUGGAGAGAGAAGGCAGGGGAGCUGGUGGCUGGAGCUCUGGUCCCAGGAGUAUCACUCCUCAGCUCCAGCCUCCUCCACACUCUUUGGUGAGGGCUGAGUCAUGGUAAGAGAUCUGACUGAAGCUGGAUGGUUUCUCCUUUGUCUGUCUACCAUGGGGACUCUCCCUCUCCUGCUCUGUAUGUGGAGGUGUUCUGUUUCUAUUUGUCUCCCAUAUUAGUUCCUUUUAUCAUCUCUGGGAGAAAAUACCUAAAAGUAGCAAUUUUUGUGGCUCAUAAUUUCAGAAAACACAAUCUAGGCUGUGGAAGUAGCUCAGUUGGUAAAGUGCUUGCCUAGCAUGCAUGAAGUC